CUUUAUCUUAUCUUUGCUUUUUGUAUCAGAAUUUAUGAAUGCAGCUUGCUCUGCAGCUGUGACAAGAACAUGUGCCAGAACAGAUUAGUACAGCAUGGCCUUCAAGUUCGCUUACAAGUCUUCGGCACUGAAAAGAAGGGCUGGGGAGUUCGCUGCCUUGAUGACAUCGACAAGGGAACAUUCGUUUGUACAUAUGCAGGGAGAUUGAUGACCAGAGAUGAAUCUUGCCAGGUUAAAAAUAGUGGUGAAAUUGAAGAAGAAGACACCAAGAAUAGCAGCCAGACCUUAUUUUCAAGAAAGAGAAAACUGGAUACAGUCUGUUCUGAUUCAGAGAAUGAAUUUAUUCAGGACACUGGGAGACAACAAUCCUCAUACCUGAAUGCUGAAAGCCAACCAAAUAUAAUUCAGAACUACAGCUCUUACAAGAAUUGCAACACGCAAGCUCUAGCAAGACUUAAAACUAAAAGAUCCAUUCUUCAAAGACACCGGCAAGAACUAGGAAUUACUGAUGCCAGCUCAGAUGAAGAUGAGAGUUCCUUGUUUCAGAUGUCAGGAACAAGAAGAAUAACUCCUGCAACCCAAAAAGGAGAUGAACAAUCAAGCCUGCAAGGCAGACUUGGGGAACUAGUGAACACCAUACAAUCUGAAUCUAAUACUGACAGCUAUAAAGAGAAUCUUCUUUCCAAUGCUUCAUUGAAAAGUAAACCACCUAAGCAAGAUGACAGAGGGAUUAAAAAACAACACAAGGAUCUACUUUGGUCAGAUGACCCAAAAAAGGGAAAAAUUCAGAGAAACAGACAAGAACUUGCUUAUAUUAAGGAGGCAGCAGAAAUUGAGACAUGCCCGAAGGAUAAAGAAAAUCCUUGUUUGCUGGAUGCCACAAGAGAAGGCAACGUAGGCAGGUUUCUUAAUCACAGCUGCUCUCCUAAUCUCUUUGUACAAAGUGUAUUUGUAGAGACACACAACAGAAAUUUCCCCUGGGUGGCAUUCUUCACAAAGAGGCAUGUAAAAGCUGGAACUGAACUUACAUGGGAUUAUGGUUAUAAAGCUGGAAGUAUGCCUGAGACAGAGACUACCUGUCAGUGUGGGAGUCUUAAGUGUCGGAAAAAAAUCCUGUAGUUUUUUGCAUUUAUGAAAUGGGCAGCAUACAAAUAAUGUACAAUUAAAAGAAAAGAUUGGGAUACACAACCCUUUUGGAUCAAAGCACAGGUGGUUCUUUUGUAUUACUUGAGAGCAAAGCCAAGGGUGGGCCACAGGUAGGUCAAGGAGAAAGAAGCCUGAGAAAGUAAGUAUGUGUGCAUUUAGUAGUUUGAUAUCUGCCUUUCCCUCCAAAAUGACACUCAAGGUAGUUAGCAAUUUCUUAAUCUUUUGAUUGAUCAGGAACACCUCUGUCCAAUCUGCAUUAAAUAUCAAUGAAAUCAUCUCAUUCUAGUCCAGGGCUGAUUUCAGUCACUGCUUUGAGUUUUGAACAGCUUCCUUGGAUUUCAGCCUUCAGGGAUUUGAGAUACAGUUGCAGAAAUAUUUUUUGGAUCUCAAGUUUACCAACCGAAAAAGAACUGGUAAACCAGGUACCCUAGUUUCUCAAGGUCAGGUCUAUCUAAGAUCUGCUGCUGAAAAUUUCCAGUAUAUUGUACACAGUACCAAGUCAGAUGGACCUAACACAGUAAAAGGCUGCUUCCUACAGUAAUAGAAAAUACGGGGGUUUUUUUUAGCAAGUCACUGGACAUUUAGGCAAAGGUGGUGCUAAUAAAAAUAUCCAAUAGGGUAGCUAUACAAAAGAUUGACAGGUGUGUUAUAGCAGCACACACACACGUAAAUUAUAAUCACAUCCUACACUGCAGCUUUGCCCCUUCUACCCAAAUUCUUAUGGACCCUCAUAAGCAAGAAGAGCACACUUGGCCUUGGAGUGGCAUGCCAAGUAUUACAUUCCAAAAAUUGAAGAAAGGUUAGGACAAAAAACUGGUUCUAACAUAAUAGCUGAAUUUCAUUCAUUGUAUUUAAUUAACGACAUGUAAUGGAAUAUUAUUUUAAUAUGACUCAUCAGUCUGUAUUUAAUAAUGUUCUCUGUUGUAUACUGAAACUUACAAUUCAGCACCAUUUUUCGCAGGAGUCAUAAUAGCUUUCAUUUGCUUACUUGUAUGACAUAUUUAUCACAAGUCAAUUUUUGUAUAACAAUUUUGUGUGCUGUAGCUUCCUGUUAUUUAAUUAAAACCUGAUUACCGUGAUAAAGAGUAUUGAUUCAGUAACUGACUUACCUAUCAUUCU